AUGGACGUUGAUUCAGUAACUGUUCCAGCUGAUAUUGAAUUAUUAUUACGUUCUUAUCCAUCACUGCAGUAUGUGCCAGAUAAAAAUCGUGUUAAGUGUACAUGGACUGAACAUGAAAUGCCGGCACGUUUAUCAUCCAUAGAAAACUAUGUUAAAGGAAAAAAGUAUCAACAAUUUUUAAAAAAGAAACUUGAUAAUGAUUAUUUAGGAAAAUAUAAAAUGUUUCUUGAACCGAGUCAUAAAAAAGAUCAUGAACGACAAUUAUUCUGUAAAUUAACGUGGCGACAUUUGAACAAAGAACCACAUCAUAUACUUCGUCAUCUACAAGGAAAACGAUUUCAACGGCAAGAAUGUCAGGCGAAUAAUACAGAGUAUGUACCGAUUGGCCGUAAAAAGAAGCAGAAGCCAACAAACGCAUCCAAGGAGGAUGGUGGAACAGCAAACGAUGAUGAUGAGUACACAGAUUUGAGUGAAGAUGAAAUUUAUAUUGAAAAUGACGAUCCUAAUGAUGAUUUAUCUGAUUUAUAUCCAGAUUUUCGACGGUUGCGAGCAAACGAUGCGGAUGAGGCAACAGCCAAUGGUAAUGAUCUCACAAAUGAUGAUGUUAAUGUUGAUACAAACAAGAACGGUGACGAUGAAAAUACCAGUUACACGAAUAAAAAUGUGAAAAACAAAAAGAAGCGUAAAGCACAAGCUUCAGAAAUCAAGAAACCGAAAAAACUUGCACCAAGUACUAAAAGGUUACGUGGGUCAAGCGAAAUAGAACCACAAGAAAAAAUGAAUAAAGAACCGGCAAUGCUCACCAUUAAACUAGUGAUCUUUUUAAAGAUGACGACAACGGUAAAUGAUGAAAAUAUUAUUGACGAUCAGUUGUACAAUCGACAACGUUACGUAUUAGGUGAUGAUGCUAUGAAACGUUUAAGAAAACAUCAUGUUCUCCUCUAUGGUGCCGGUGGAGUGGGUAUUGAAAUAGCUAAAAAUAUUAUUUUAGCCGGUGUUCAUAGUCUUACGUUACAAGAUCCAAAGUUGACAACUAUUAUCGAUUUAGGCACACAGUAUUUUUUGAAUGAACAGUCCAUCGGUAAAAAUCGAGCAGAGUGUAGUGUCGAAAAAUUACGUGCAUUAAAUGAUUAUGUCAAAUGCAUUGUUUUAACUGAAUGUAAUCUUGAAGAAAUGAUACAGAUAAAUGAAUUUUGUCGUACAUCGAAUAUAAUUUUUAUUACCGCUGAUGUGUAUGGAAUAUAUUCCCGAUGCUUUGUUGAUUGUGGUCAAGAAACAUUUAUUUGUACGGACAAAGAUGGUGAGCAAGCAAAAGAAGUUUUUAUAAAUCAUAUAUCACCCGACGGUGUUGUCAAAAUGCCCGGUGAUGAACGGCAUCCAUUUCAAGAUAAUGAUAUUGUGUAUUUAAGAGAAUUAGUCGGUUUAGAAAAAUUAAAUAAUAGUGAAAGAACAGUGAAAGAACUGAAUCAUCGUGAAUUUUUAAUUGGUGACAUAUCAAAUAUGGGUGAAUAUAAAAGUGGAGGAAUAGCGAGAGAAGUGAAGCAACAAAUAAAAUUAACUUAUAACAGUCUCGCUGAACAGUUACAUAAUCCUCGAAUAUUAACUGUGGAUGGGAGUGACUAUUGGACAAAUGAGAUUGAUGGUGAUGUACCAAAUACUGUUUAUAUACAUAUUCUCAUGGUGGCAUUAAGUGAAUAUUUACAAUUACAUCAUCAAUUACCAGAAUGCAAUUCUACCAACUCAUGUAAAGAUGCCGUAGUUAUGAUGGAUUUAGCGCAAAAACAUAUGAAACAAAUUUUAAAAAAUCAAGUUCAUGAUGAACAGCGUUUCAAAGAUUUAUUUAAAUAUUUGAUUUAUACAGCACGAGGUUCAUUAGCAUCUUUAUGUUCAGCCAUGGGCGGUUUUGUUGGACAACAAGUGUUAACAACGUUAACAGGAAAAUUUCAUCCAGUGAAACAAUUCUUAUAUUUGGAUGCUUAUGAACUUGUCAAAGAAAUUCCGUUAGAAAAAGAGUAUGAAUACAUUGAAAAAGAAUCAUUCAAACCAGAUCGUUAUCAUGCAUUGAGGCUUUGUAUUGGUGAAACACUUGUCAAUUGUUUAGCACAUCAACGUUUAUUUAUGGUUGGGUGUGGUGCAAUUGGUUGUGAACUGUUGAAACUUUUUGCAUUAUUGGGUGUUGGACGUCAGCAAAUGAUCACAAUAACUGAUCAUGAUCAUAUUGAAAAAUCAAACUUAAAUAGGCAAUUUUUAUUCCAUAAGCAACAUCUUAACCAACCAAAAUCAACUGUUGCAGCUCAAUCAGCGUAUGACAUGAAUAAAGAAUUAAAAAUCAAAUCUUAUACAGAAAAAGUCGGAGCUAAUGCAAAAGAACAACUAUGUACUGAUUCAUUUAUUUCAAAUCAAACGAUUAUUGUAAAUGCAUUGGAUAAUGUUGAAGCCAGAAGAUAUAUGGAUUCCCUCUGUGUAAAAAAUCAAAGACCGUUAUUGGAAUCUGGUACAAUGGGUUCAAAAGGCCAUACAUUUAUUGUUGUUCCAUUCGAAUCCGAAUCAUAUUCUAGUCAAAAUGAUCCAAUUGAAAAAGACAUUCCAUAUUGUAAUGUCAAAUCAUUUCCAGCCAAUAUUGAACAUUGUACAAUCUGGGCUCGAGAAAAAUUUGAUAGUGCAUUUCAUUUUAAACCAUCACUGUUUAACAACGUUCUAUUGGAAUCAAAUAUAGCUAAACGAAUCAAAGAUGGCAAUACGAUACAAGAUUUACCAAAAGUAAUUAAGUUUAUGAAACGUCGUUGUACAAGUUGGAAAGAAUGUCUUGAAUUAGCGAGACAAAAAUUUGAAAAAUAUUAUUCACAUAAAGCAUUAGAUCUACUGCACAAAUUUCCAUUAGAUUUAAAAGAUGAUAAAGGAGGUAUAGCUAAAGAUUCUUACUGGAAAUUACCAAAACGAGCUCCAAAACCCAUCGAAUUUGAUUUUAAUAAUCAAUUACAUUAUGAUUUUGUUAUCGCAUGUGCCAAAUUGUAUUCAAUAAUCUAUUCUCUAUCAUCUAAUGAGUGUUCAAAUCAUGAUAUUGAAGCGAAUAAAGCCAUUCUUCGUACUGUAAACGUUCAAAAAUGGGAGCCAAGAAAUAAAGAAAUAAUAACUGAUCCUACAGUUGUCAAACCGGUGAUUACGUCUUCCAAUGAAAGUGAAGUCAGUGAAGCUGAAUGGAAAACAGCUGAAGAACGUUCAGGAAAUUUGAAAGCACAUCCACUUCCAUUUGAAAAAGAUGAUGAUUUUCAAAUUGAUUUUAUUUCAGCAGCUGUUAAUUUAAGAGCACAAAUGUAUGAUCUGGAACCGGGUGAUCGAUAUGAAAUAAAACGUAUUGCUGGAAAAAUCGUACCGGCUAUUGGUACGACAACAGCUACUGUCUCCGGAUUGAUAUCUAUUGAGUUAAUCAAAAUAUGUUUAAAACAAAUUAAUCAAAAUCUCCCAUUAAGUACAUUUCGAAAUUUUUAUAUUAAUAUUGCAUUGCCAUUGUUCAUUGCCAGUGAACCAUUAGCAUGUACAAUUCAAAAGAUUGGAAAAUUUGAUGUUAGUAUAUGGUCAAAUUUUGAAAUUAAAGGCAAUUCAUCAAUGACAAUUGAAGAUUUUAUUGGAGAAGUCAAAUCAAAAUAUGAUUUAAAUGCAUCAAUGAUUACAGAAGGGAACAAACCAGUUUAUAUACCAUGGGAUAAAUCAAAAGCAUCUAAACAAUUAAAACGAAAAAUGAAUGAUGUAUUAACUCAUAAACCUGAUGUCAGUUAUUCUGAAUUAAUUGUAUUAACUGAUGAUAGCAAUAUGGACGUUGAUUUCAAUGAAACACAAACAAUUCCACCAAUUCGUUAUUAUUUUAGUACUUAA